AUGCUGUUCCCGGUGACAAGUCGAUCUCAACCCGGAUUAGCCAGCCAGCGUGUUCAGAUACGGGGCAAAAACCACAUGGACGAUUUGUUCUUGAAUGAUCAGGGUACCGUGAAGUCGCCGCCGGUCUGUUUCUACAGCCAUUUCGUAAAAGUAAACGAAUUCGAACCGCUUUCUCACCGUCGCAACUAUUACAAUUGGAACGCGCGUUUCGAAGGUAAUCACUAUGUGGUCGGAACGGAACGAAAGCAACUUGCCAAUCGACUGGCUCUUUCCGAAACGCAGACUAAACGCCUUGGAACGACUGUCUCAUGCGAAAUGUACCGUAUCUAA